AUGGCAUUUCGUAGCUUGGGAAUAGUGCAGCCGUUAAACAAUGACGGGGAGCCACUUGGAAUUAAUGUUCCUGGAAGUUUCCAGAUGAUCAAGCCAGAAGUAGAUGACAACAGUGCGUCAAAUGAGGGAACGAAGUUGUCUGUAGAUGAUAGUGAAGAUGAGUCUGACCUUAAACGCACGAAGAAAGGUAUUAUUUUAAACCCGCAGCCUACGGAUCAUGAUAAAGAUCCCUUAAACUGGCCUGUUUGGAGACGGGACUUGGCGUUACUGUGCGUUGGAUGGCAUUGUUUUACGGGUGGCGGUCAGACGUCAAUGUUGGCUGCUGGCUUUUCGAGGUUGUCAACGGAGUUGAAUGUGCCGAUUUCAAGUAUUUCAUACCUAGUGGGGCCCAUGAUGCUGGCGCUAUGCGUUGGAUCAAUUGUAGCAUCCCCUACGGCCGUUUUAUUUGGGAAGCGGAUUGUGUAUUUGGUGGGUAUCAUAGUGUUCUUUGUGGGUUCCAUCGUCUGCGCAACUGGUAAUAAUUUCAACCAACUUCUGGUGGGAAGAAUCAUAUCUGGGUUGGGUAUCUCAACUGUGGAAUCUUUACCUAGUGCAACUAUUGCAGAAAUCUACUUUGCACACGAAAGAGCAUACCGAUUGGGUAUUUACACCUUGUUAUUAUUAGGGGGUAAAAACUUAGUUCCUUUGCUUGGGUCGAUUAUAUUUGAGCACCUAACUACACACUGGUUGUUCUGGAUUUUAACAAUAAUUGUAGGGGUAAACUUAUUAUUGCAUGUGUUCUUUGUCCCAGAGACUUUUUGGGAUCGCACACCCAUACCAAGUCGGCGGUCAUUGAAAGAAACUGCGAUUGCCCGUAGGUCUCUACACCUCCAGGCCUCGAGCUCUAAUAUUGAGUAUGUGAAUAACUCAUCAGGCUGUUCAAAACCUGUUGAAACAUUCUCAAGAGUAAAUGGGUCAGCUACGUCUUCGAAGACGGAAGAGACACAGGACAACGCUGUAUCAAAAUUCGGUAAACUUGCGAAAUACAAAUCAUCUAUUGCAGAUUCAAAGUUUACUAGCGGUCUUGGCCUUUGUCAUGGAAGACACAGCAUCGAUAAAUGGUUGAUGGUUAUGUUGCGGCCCUUUGUUCUAUUCUCUUACCCAUCUAUUUUGUACGCAUCAUUGUUGUACGCAUUUGCCGUUGUCUAUUUGAUUAUGGUUUCACAGGUCAUAGACCAUGGUUAUAAAGAAGCUUACGGUUUUAGUUCUCUACAAGUAGGUAUGGUAUACAUUGCGCCAUUUAUCGGCGGAUGUAUUGGAUCAUUAUGUGCUGGCACUAUAAGCGACGUUAUCGCAAGAGUUAUGGCUCGACGUAAUAAUGGUAUUUACGAGCCUGAAUUCAGAUUAUUAACAGUUUUACCAGCUGUUGUAUCAACAAUGGCUGGCCUUAUUGGCUUUGGAUGUUCUCUUCAGAGAGAAGACCACUGGAUGGUACCAACAGUGUUUUUUGGUAUUUUAGGAUUUGGGUCUUCCGUAGGGAGCACAACGGCCAUUACAUUUACCGUUGAUUCUUAUAAGCAAUAUGCCCAGGAGGCUUUAGUAACAUUGAACAUGUUCAAAAACUUGAUAGGAUUUGCCUUUUCAUUUUUCAAUGCUAAGCUUAAUGAGAGCAGCGGUCACGAUAAAGCAUUUACGUAUUAUGCGCUGAUCGAAUUGGUGAUUGGAUUGCUUGUCAUUCCAAUGUACAGAUGGGGUAAAGUAAGCAGAGCGUGGACUACAGAGAAGUCCUUGUUGCAAUUUUCUUAUAAUACUCGCACUGACUGA